CAGCUUUUCUCUGGAGGGAAGCUGGGGAGGCUUUGGCGGCUUAGGAGAACAUUUAACUUUGAUUUAACUGAGCUUUUAAAACCGUUCCAACAUGGCAGAAGAAAUUGAGGAAUUUGAAGAGAGUUAUGAGGAGGAGGAGGAAAUUGUCGAAGAGUAUGUUGAGCAGACUACCACAACGACUGUCUCUGAGGAUGCUCAGAUGUUACAGUCUGGCUUGCAAGUCAGGAAGGUCAGGAAGAAGGUCAAGGUGGACACUUCCAAGUUCAUGACUCCAUACCUGGCUCACAGCCAGAAGAUGCUGGAUCAGUACAGUCACAACGUGUACAGGAAGGCUUAUGAGAUGUCCAAAGGCCAGCCGACCGCCUUCAUCUCUGAUACUCCUGAAAUGAUUCGCAUCAGGAAGGCUCAGGAGCAGCUCAGCGAGGUUAAAUACCGCAUGGAGGGCAAUAAGACUCGGACAACCAGCAUGUACGGUGGCGAGGCCAGAGAGAUCGCCCACGUCAAGCACGUGUCUGAGCUGAUCAGCAAGGUUCUGUACAGACAGAAGUGGGAUGAGACUAAGGACCGGUACCUGCUGCCGCCUGACGCUCCUGAGCUGGUGCUGGCUGUGAAGAACGCUGCUAACUACAGCAAGAAACGGUACACGGAGGACUGGGAUGCGGAGAAGACGAUGUGUUACCCGUACAGCGACAGCCCCGAGCUGCGCAGGGUGGCCAAGGCUCAGGAAGUCUUCAGCGACAUCCGCUACAAGAAGGGUCACGAUCAGCGCAAGGCCAAGUACACCUCGCUGGCCGACCCUCCUGAGUAUGAGCUGGCCAGGAAGGCGGCCAAUCAGCGCAGUGAUCUCAAAUACAAGGAGGAUUACAAUAAAAAUGUCAAGGGUCAGUGGUGCGAGACGCCAUACUUCGACGUGGCCACUGCCAGGGUGGCGAUGGAGAACUUAAGCAGCAAACGAUACACGAAAGAUUGGGAGGAUAAGAAAGACCAAAUUUAUUUCAUGCAAACAGACACGCCUGUUUAUGGAACGAACAAGAAGGCUGGUAUUGCUUCUAGUGAGAUCAAGUACAAGAAGGAAUACGAGAAGCAGAAAGCUCAGGCGGACUACAACACGCUCCCCGCCACAGAGAACCCGCUCCUAAGACAGCUCAGAUAUGCCGGCACCAUCCUGAGUGAUAAAGUAUAUAAGUCCAGCUAUGAAAAGGCCAGGGGUUCAAGUAUCAACUACUGCGACACGCCCAAGUUUCAGAUGGACUCCGUACUCAAACAGUUCACUCAUGCACGUUACACAGAGAAGUAUGACAACGUGGUGAAGGGUCACUACGUCGGCAGCUAUGAGGAUGUUUACAUGCUUCACUGCCAGAAAAUGGAGGCAAUGAAGAGCGAGCAACAAUAUAAAUCUGAUUAUGAAGACAUUAAGACAAGAUGCUUCUACCCUCAAACAAUGACGCCUGAAUAUGAAGUUAAUAAGAAGCUUCAGAAGUGUAAUGAUAAAGUUUACCGGCAACAUCCGGGCACCAUGAAAUUUACACAAGUGUCGGAUUCACCAGUUCAGCUUCAAGCCGCCCUCAACGCCAAAAAUCUAAGUGACAUCAACUACAAGGCCAAGUACGAGAAGACUAAGUUCAAAAACACUCUGCCCCCAGACUAUCCCUUCUUCAUCCAGUCCAGAGUCAACGCCUUCAACCUUAGUGAUAACUGUUACAAGUACGAUUGGGAGAAAUCUAAAGCAAAGAAGUUUGAGGUCAGGGGCGAUGCCAUUUCGAUCCUUGCUGCCCGCGCUCACACCAACAUCGCCAGUGAUGUCAAGUAUAAGAAGGCUUAUGAGAAGAACAAGGGGCAGAUGGUGGGAGCCCUCAGCAUUCAUGAUGAUCCCAAAAUCCUGCACUCUGUUCGCGUGGCUAAAAUCCAGAGUGAACGUGAAUAUAAGAAGGACUAUGAAAAGAUCAAGACCAAGUACCACUCACCACUCGACAUGAUGUCAGUCACCUUGGCCAAGAAAUCCCAGGGCAUUGCCAGCAUGAAGGGGUAUAGGAGCAUCAACCCGCACUACUUCAUGCCCCCCGACAGCAUACUUAUGAACCUGGCCAAGAAAUCCAACAUCAUCCAGAGCGAUAAUGAUUACAAGUCGGACUACAACAACUACACCAAGGGUUCUCCAUGGAUCCCCUGGGGCUCUGUGGAAGUGGAGAAAAAUAAGAAAGCUGGUGAUAUCCUUAGUGAGAGAAAGUACAGACAGCAGCCGGACAGCAUCCCCUUCACCUCUAUUCACGACCACCCCGUCAUGAUGCAGGCCAAAGCGAACCAGCUUAUGAGGAGUGAUCAGUUCUACAAGAGAGGUCUGGAGAAGAUCCAUCAGAAGUACUCUCUGCCUCAUGAUGUCCCUGAGUUCGUGCAGGCCAAGUGCAAUGCUUACAACAUCAGCAAGAACACCUACAAGUAUGCCUGGGAGGAUCUGAUUGCUAAAGGUUAUGACCUGAAGUCCGAUGCGAUCUCUAUUAUCGCCGCCAAAAAAGCCAGACAUGCUGUCAGUGAUGUCCAGUAUAAGAAGGCUUAUGAGAAGGCCAGAGGACACCAUAUUGGUUUCCGCAGCAUCAAGGACGAUCCUCUGAUGGUCCACUACAUGCAGUUGGCCAAAUUGCAGAGUGACAAGAACUACAAGAAGGACUACAACAAGGCCAAGCUGAAGUAUCACUCCCCAGUGGACAUGAUGAGUUUGGUGCAAGCCAAACAUGCUUCAAAGGUUCAGACCUUCGCCGGCUACAGGAAGAUCCCUAACGGCUACAUGAUCCUGCCUGACAACUUGAACGUGCAGCGGUGUCGCAACAUGAUGGAGAUUCAGAGUGAUAUUAACUAUAAAAUGGACUAUGAGACUUCAGUGAAGGGAAGCGGCUGGAUUCCCAUUGGUUCUGUGGACGUGGAAAGAGCUAAGGUGGCAGGAGCAGCGAUUAAUGAGUCAAAGUACCGCCAGAACCCGGACACCUUCAAGUUCUCCAGUCACAGCGACUCCAUGAACAUGAUGCUGGCCAAGUCCAACUCCAAGAUCAUGAACAUGAAAGAGUAUAAGGCCAGUGGAGAGAAGUUUAUGCACACUUACCAUCUCCCUGCUGACGUCCCUGAACUGAUGCAAGCCAGAUACAACGCUGUCAACAUCAGCAAGAAUUACUACACCUAUGCUCAUCGCCAAGAUCUGCUCAAAGGACAUCACGUGAAGCAAGAUGCCAUUUCCGUUAUUGCAGCAAAACAGUCCACUAAAAUCGCCAGUGAUUACAAGUACAAGCUGGCUUAUGAGAAGGCAAAGGGCCACCAUGUUGGUUUCCGUAGCAUCGAGGACGAUCCCCUGCUGGUCCACUACAUGAAGGUGGCUAAGAUGCAGAGUGAGAAGAACUACAAGAAGGACUACAACAAGGCCAAGCUGAAGUAUCACUCCCCAGUGGACAUGAUGAGUUUGGUGCAAGCCAAACAUGCUUCAAAGGUUCAGACCUUCGCCGGAUACAGGAAGAUCCCUAACGGCUACUUGAUGCUGCCUGACAACUUGAACGUGCAGCGCUGCCGCAACAUGAUGGAGAUUCAGAGUGAUAAUCUCUACAAAUCAGAAUACAGCAACUUCACUAAAGGCACAGGAUGGAUCCCUAUUGGUUCUAUUGAUGUGGAGAAGGCCAAAGUUGCUACAGCCGCCCUGGAUGAGCACCACUACCGCCAGCCCCCAAGUUCUUUCAAAUUCACCAGCAAGACUGAUGCCAUGAACAUGACUCUGGCUAUGGCCAACACCAAGAUCAUGGAUCACUCUUCAUACAAAGCUUCUGGAGAGAAGUUCAUGCACACCUAUAAUCUGCCGGGUGACAGCCCUCAGUUCCUUCAGGCUAAAUUCAACGCCCAGACCCUGAGCGAGAGUCACUACAAGCACAAGUGGCUGGCCGAUAUUGCCAAGGGAUACAACAUGAAGCCGGAUGCCAUUUCUGUCAUUCACGCCAAGCAUGGCAGACAUAUUGCCAGCAAUAUCCAAUAUAAGAAAGAAUUUGAGAAGGCAAAGGGCCACCAUAUUGGUUUCCGCAGCAUCAAGGACGAUCCUCUGAUGGUCCACUACAUGCAGUUGGCCAAAUUGCAGAGUGACAAGAACUACAAGAAGGACUACAACAAGGCCAAGCUGAAGUAUCACUCCCCAGUGGACAUGAUGAGUUUGGUGCAAGCCAAACAUGCUUCAAAGGUUCAGACCUUCGCCGGAUACAGGAAGAUCCCUAACGGCUACAUGAUCCUGCCCGACAACUUGAACGUGCAGCGGUGUCGCAAAAUGAACGCCCAGUCAAGUGAUUGUGACUACAAGUCUGAAUAUAAUAACUAUAUCAGAGGCACUGGAUGGGUCCCUAUCGGCUCAAUUGGAGUUGAGACGGCUAAAAUUGGCGGUCUGAUUCAGAGCGACAACAGGUACCGCACCGACCCAUCCACCCACAAGUUCAGCAAGCUGAUGGACUCCAUGGACAUUGCUCUGGCUACUGCCAACAACAAGAUCAUGAACAAGCAAGCAUACACUGCAGCUUGGGAUAAGGCUAAACUGAGCAUCCACGUCAUGCCUGAUUCUCCUGAAAUCAUCCUGGCCAAGGCUAAUGCCCUCAACAUGAGCAACAAACUUUACAAAGCCGGUGUUGUGGCGAUGGCCAAUAAGGGCUACCAUCUCAAAGGAGACGCCAUCGCAAUCUUGGCCGCCAAAGCUGGAACUAGAAUUGCCAGUGACUACAAGUACAAGCUGGCUUACGAGAAGGCCAGAGGACACCAUGUUGGUUUCCGCAGCAUCAAGGACGAUCCUCUGAUGGUCCACUACAUGCAGUUGGCCAAAUUGCAGAGUGACAAGAACUACAAGAAGGACUACAACAAGGCCAAGCUGAAGUAUCACUCCCCAGUGGACAUGAUGAGUUUGGUGCAGGCCAAACAUGCUUCAAAGGUUCAGACCUUCGCCGGAUACAGAACGAUCCAGCACAGUUACUCUCUCCUCCCUGAUGCAAUUAGCCUGAAGCACGCUCGCACCAUGAGCACCCAGGCUAGCGAUUGCGACUACAAGUCUGAAUAUAAUAACUAUAUCAGAGGCACUGGAUGGGUCCCUAUCGGCUCAAUUGGAGUUGAGACGGCUAAAAUUGGCGGUCUGAUUCAGAGCGACAACAAGUACCGCACCGACCCAACCACCCACAAGUUCAGCAAGCUGAUGGACUCCAUGGACAUUGCUCUGGCUACUGCCAACAACAAGAUCAUGAACAAGCAAGCAUACACUGCAGCUUGGGAUAAGGCCAAACUGAGCAUCCACGUCAUGCCUGAUUCUCCUGAAAUCAUCCUGGCCAAGGCUAAUGCCCUCAACAUGAGCAACAAACUUUACAAAGCCGGUGUUGUGGCGAUGGCCAAUAAGGGCUACCAUCUCAAAGGAGACGCCAUCGCAAUCUUGGCCGCCAAAGCUGGAACUAGAAUUGCCAGUGACUACAAGUACAAGCUGGCUUACGAGAAGGCCAGAGGACACCAUAUUGGUUUCCGCAGCGUCAAGGACGAUCCUCUGAUGGUCCACUACAUGCAGUUGGCCAAAUUGCAGAGUGACAAGAACUACAAGAAGGACUACCACAAGGCCAAGCUGAAGUAUCACUCCCCAGUGGACAUGAUGAGUUUGACCCAGGCCAAACAUGCUUCAAAGGUUCAGACCUUCGCCGGCUACAGGAAGAUCCCUAACGGCUACUUGAUGCUGCCUGACAACUUGAACGUGCAGCGGUGUCGCAGCAUGAUGGAGAUUCAGAGUGAUAACCAGUACAAGAGUGAGUAUGAAAGCUACGUUAAGGGAGUAGGAUGGAUUCCCAUUGGAUCGGUGGAUGUUGAGAAAGCAAAAUUAGCCGGACGUAUCUUCAGCGAAUCCAAAUACCGUCAGUCUCCCAGCAAAUUCAAUUUCACUAAAGACAUGCACUCCAUGGAUCUCUUACUGGCCACCGCCAACAACAAGAUCAUGAAUAAGCAAUCCUACACCACUGCCUGGGAAAAAGCCAAGACUUCAAUCCACAUGAUGCCUGAUGCGAUGGACAUUGUUCUAGCCAGAGGAAACAAGAAGAACGUCAGUGAGAAACUGUACAAGUUGGACAAUGAGCUGUCCAAGAAGAAGGGCCACCAUCUUCAUGGUGAUGCCAUUUCAGUCUUGGCUGCCAAAGCUUCCACUGCUAUUGCUAGUGAUUACAAGUACCAUGCAGGAUACCGUAAGCAGGUGGGCCACCACAUCGGUGCUCGCUGCGUCCAGGACGACCCUCUGCUGGUUCUGGCUCUGAACUCAGCCAGGAUUGCCAGUGACGCUCUGUACAAGAAGGACUUCAACAAGUCCAAGACCAAGUUCAACCUGCCCGUGGACAUGAUUGCCUUUGCGCUGGCCAAGAAGAACCAGAUCCAGGUCAACCACGCCAACUACAUCACCCGUCUGCACAACUGGACUUGUCUUCCAGACUCCACUGAUGUGCGCCAGGCCAGGCACGCAUAUGACAUACAGAGUGAUAAUUUGUACAAGGAGGACUUCAAGAUGAUGCAGGGUAUCGGAUGGGUGCCGAUAGGUUCACUGGAUGUUGAGAAGGCAAAGAAAGCCGGUGAGGCUCUGAAUGAGAGGAAGUAUCGUCAACACCCAAGCAACUUCAAAUUCAAAAUCACCACUGAGGACAUGUCCCUGGUGUUGGCUAAGGCCAAUAACAAGGUUAUGAACAAGCAAGCUUACAAUCAAGCCUGGGAGAAAGACAAGACAUCAAUCCACAUCAUGCCUGACUCUAUGGAGGUUCUUCUAGCCAAAGCAAACAAAACCAACUACAGUUUGAACCAGUACAGGCAGGCAAAUGAGGACGCUAAGAAGAAGGGCUACGACCUGCGCAAUGAUGCCAUUUCUAUCAUCGCAGCCAAGAAGACCAGGGAUAUUGCCAGUGAUCACAAGUACCAUGAAGGAUACCGUAAGCAGGUGGGCCACCACAUCGGUGCUCGCUGCGUCCAGGACGAUCCUCUGCUGGUUCUGGCUCUGAACUCAGCCAGGAUUGCCAGUGACGCUUUGUACAAGAAGGACUUCAACAAGUCCAAGACCAAGUUCAACCUGCCUGUGGACAUGAUAGCCUUUGCGCUGGCCAAGAAGAACCAGAUCCAGGUCAACCACGCCAACUACAUCACCCGCCUCCACAACUGGACUUGUCUUCCAGACUCCACCGAUGUGCGCCAGGCCAGGCGCGCAUAUGACAUACAGAGUGAUAAUGUGUACAAGGAGGACUUAAGGAUGAUGCAGGGUAUCGGAUGGGUGCCGAUAGGUUCACUGGAUGUUGAGAAGGCAAAGAAAGCCGGUGAGGCUCUGAAUGAGAGGAAGUAUCGUCAACACCCAAGCAACUUCAAAUUCAAAAUCACCACUGAGGACAUGUCCCUGGUGUUGGCUAAGGCCAAUAACAAGGUUAUGAACAAGAAAGCAUACUCUGAUGCCUGGAACCACGACAAGACAACAAUCCACAUCAUGCCUGACUCUAUGGAUGUUCUUCUAGCCAAAGCAAACAAUGUCAACUACAGUUUGAAAAAGUACAAGCAGGCAAAUGAAGACUCCAAGAAGAAGGGCUACGACCUGCGCGGCGAUGCCAUUUCCAUCCUCGCUGCCAAGAAGACCACGGCUAUUGCCAGUGAUCACAAGUACCAUGAAGGAUACCGUAAGCAGCUCGGCCACCACAUCGGUGCUCGCUGCGUCCAGGACGAUCCUCUGCUGGUUCUGGCUCUGAACUCAGCCAGGAUUGCCAGUGACCAUCUGUACAAGAAGGACUUCAACAAGUCCAAGACCAAGUUCAACCUGCCUGUGGACAUGAUCGCCUUUGCGCUGGCCAAGAAGAACCAGAUCCAGGUCAACCACGCCAACUACAUCACCCGCCUCCACAACUGGACUUGUCUUCCAGACUCCACUGAUGUGCGCCAGGCCAGGCGCGCAUAUGACAUACAGAGUGAUAAUGUGUACAAGGAGGACUUAAGGAUGAUGCAGGGUAUCGGAUGGGUGCCGAUAGGUUCACUGGAUGUUGAGAAGGCAAAGAAAGCCGGUGAGGCUCUGAAUGAGAGGAAGUAUCGUCAACACCCAAGCAACUUCAAAUUCAAACUCACCACUGAGGACAUGUCCCUGGUGUUGGCUAAGGCCAAUAACAAGGUUAUGAACAAGAAAGCAUAUUCUGAUGUCUGGAACAAGGAGAAGACGAAGAUCCACAUCAUGCCUGAUUCUAUGGAUGUUCUUCUAGCCAAAGCAAACAAUGUCAACUACAGUUUGAAAAAGUACAAGCAGGCAAAUGAAGACUCCAAGAAGAAGGGCUACGACCUGCGCGGCGAUGCCAUUUCCAUCCUCGCUGCCAAGAAGACCACGGCUAUUGCCAGUGAUCACAAGUACCAUGAAGGAUACCGUAAGCAGCUCGGCCACCACAUCGGUGCUCGCUGCGUCCAGGACGAUCCUCUGCUGGUUCUGGCUCUGAACUCAGCCAGGAUUGCCAGUGACGCUUUGUACAAGAAGGACUUCAACAAGUCCAAGACCAAGUUCAACCUGCCUGUGGACAUGAUCGCCUUUGCGCUGGCCAAGAAGAACCAGAUCCAGGUCAACCACGCCAACUACAUCACCCGCCUGCACAACUGGACUUGUCUUCCAGACUCCACUGAUGUGCGCCAGGCCAGGCGCGCAUAUGACAUACAGAGCGACGCUGUCUACAAAGCUGACUUGAAGUGGCUCCAGGGUUUGGGCUGGGUUCCCAUUGGCUCACUGGAUGUGGAGAAAGCCAAGAAAGCUGGAGAUGCUUUGAAUGAAAGGAAGUACCGCCAACCCCCAAGCAAUUUCCCCUUCAAGAGCACCACAGAGGCUAUGAACCUCGUACUUGCGAAGAAUAACGCUUUGGUCAUGAACAAGCAACUCUACACCGCCGCAUGGGAGAAGGACAAGACCAAGCUGCACAUCAACCCUGACACUCCUGAGAUCGUCCUCGGUCAGCAGAAUGCUAUCACCAUGAGCAAGAAACUCUACAGACAAGGUUAUGAGGCCACCAUCAGCAAAGGUUAUGUCCUUCCCGGGGAUGCUAUCUCUGUAAAGGCUGCUAAGUCCUCCAGGGACAUCAUCAGUGAUUACAAGUACAAGACAGGAUACCGUAAGCAGGUGGGCCACCACAUCGGAGCCCUCAGUGUCAAAGACGAUCCUCUGAUCGUUCUGGCUAUGAACUCGGCAAAGAUUGCUAGUGACGCUCUGUACAAGAAGGACUUCAACAAGUCCAAGACCAAGUUCAACCUGCCAGUGGACAUGCUGAGUAUCGAGCUGGCCAAGAAAUGCCAGAUCCAGGUCAACCACGCCAACUACAUCACCCGCCUGCACAACUGGACCUGCCUGCCCGACUCCAGUGAUGUGCGCCAGGCCAGGAAAGCGUACGAUCUGCAGAGCAAUGCUGUAUACAAGGCUGACAGGGAUGAGGUGAUAGGCGUCGGAUGGAUCCCCAUAGGUUCAGUUGAUGUGUUGAAGGCAAAGCACGCUGGAAAGAUUCUCAGCGAACAUCUGUACAGGUUGAAACCAGACAAACAGAAAUUCACCACGGACAUGUCUUCCAUGUCCAUGGUCUUGGCCAAAGCAAAUGCUGGCAUCAUCAACAAGAAAAACUAUACGGCAGCUUGGGAGGUUGACAAAGUCAAGAACCAUAUAAACGCAGACUUACCUGAGAUUCUGCUCUCUAAAGCUAAUGCUUACAACAUGAGCAAGAAAAAUUACAGGGAAGCUGUUGACGCGAUGUUCAGAAAGGGCUACGACAUCAAGUCCGAUGCUGUCUCUAUUGUUGCUGCCAAAAAAGGAAGAGAAAUCAUCAGUGAUUAUAAAUAUAAGGCAGGAUACCGUAAGCAGGUGGGCCACCACAUCGGUGCUCGCUGCGUCCAGGACGACCCUCUGAUCAUGCUGGCUCUGAACUCAGCCAGGAUUGCCAGUGACGCUCUGUACAAGAAGGACUUCAACCAGUCCAAGACCAAGUUCAACCUGCCCGUGGACAUGCUGAAUAUUGAACUGGCCAAGAAAUGCCAGAUCCAGGUCAACGACUUCAACUACAGGACUCACCUGCACAACUGGACCUGCCUGCCAGACUCCACUGAUGUGCGCCAGGCCAGAAAGGCUUACGACCUGCAGAGUGAUGCUAUUUAUAAGGCCGACAUGGAAUGGAUGAGGGGAACCGGUUGGGUGCCAAUAGGUUCAGUUGAUGUGGAGAAGGCCAAGAAAGCAGGAGCGAUCCUGAAUGAAAGGAAGUACCGUGAGCAUCCCAGCAAAUUCAAGUUCACAGCCAAGACAAGUGACAUCCCAUAUGCCCUUGCUACGGCAAAUGCCCAUAUCAUGAACAAGCAAGCGUACACUUCCGCCUGGGAUACGGAUAAGGUCAAACUUCACAUGGGUACUGACAUCCCAGAGAUCAUCCUGGCCAAGCAGAAUAAUAUCAACACCAGUCUGAAACAAUACCGUGAAGGCUAUAUGGAAACCAUCAACAAAGGCUACUACCUUCCCAAAGAUGCCAUUUCUAUUUUGGCAGCUAAGGCCUCCCGAAAUAUCAUCAGUGAUUACAAAUACAAGGCCGGUUUCCGCAAGCAGUGUGGCAAUCAAAUCGGUGCACUCAGCGUCAAAGACGACCAGCUGAUCAUGCUGGCCGCUAAUGCAGCCAAGAUCUUCAGUGACGCUCUGUACAAGAAGGACUUCAACAAGUCCAAGACAAAGUACAACCUGCCAGUGGACAUGCUGAGUAUCGCGCUGGCCAAGAAAUGCCAGAACCAGGUCAACCAAACCAACUACGCCACCCGCCUGCACAACUGGACCUGCAUGCCCGACUCCACGGAUGUGGUCCGUGCUAGGAAGGCCUACGACUUAAACAGCGAUGCCUUGUACAAAUCUGAUAUGGAGUGGCUGAGAGGAUGCGGCUGGUCCCCACAGGACUCAGUGGACGUCGUCAAAGCUAAGCACGCCAUGAAGAUCUUCAAUGAGAGGCUCUACCGCCAGCCCCCAAGCAGCGUGAAGUUCACCAGCGUGGUCGAUCUGCCAGCUAUGGUCCUGUCCAAGCAAAACGCUAUCAACAUCAGUGAUAGGAAAUAUAGGGAAGUCUGGGAUAAUGACAAGCUCAAAUUCCACAUGCCGCCCGACGCCCCCGGCUUUAUUCUGUCCAAGGCCAAUGCUGUCAGCAUCAGCAAUAAACUGUACACGAAGAGUUGGGAUGAGCAGAAGGCCAAAGGCUACCACAUCAAGGAGGAUACUAUCUCUGUGCUGAAGGCCAGAGCUUCCAGGGAUAUCGUCAGUGAUUACAAGUACCAUACAGGAUACCGUAAGCAGGUGGGCCACCACAUCGGUGCUCGCUGCGUCCAGGACGACCCUCUGAUCAUGCUGGCUCUGAACUCAGCCAGGAUUGCCAGUGACGCUCUGUACAAGAAGGACUUCAACCAGUCCAAGACCAAGUUCAACCUGCCCGUGGACAUGCUGAAUAUUGAACUGGCCAAGAAAUGCCAGAUCCAGGUCAACGACUUCAACUACAGGACUCACCUGCACAACUGGACCUGCCUGCCAGACUCCACUGAUGUGCGCCAGGCCAGAAAGGCUUACGACCUGCAGAGUGAUGCUGUGUACAAAGCUGAUAUGGAAUGGAUCCGUGGAUGUGGAUGGAAUCCACAUGAGUCUGUGGAUGUAGUGAGGGUGAAGCACGCACAGAAGGUCCUGGCUGAUAGAGGCUACCGUGUGAAGCAGGAUACGCAGAAAUACAUUGUUCCAACUGACAGGCUGGAUAUGAUCUGUGCCAAGAAUGCUGCUAAAGUCCUCAACGAGCCCAAAUAUCGUGAGGCCUGGCACAAGGACAAGACCAAGUACUCCGUUCCAGACACUCCAAUUCUCGCCACAGCCAGAGAGGUGGCUAAGAUUCUUCACCCGAAACUGUACACCAAAGCCUGGGAUAAGGUCAAAGCCACAGGCUACUUCAUUUCUGGAGACGCUGUACCAAUCAAGCAGUGCAUCUCCACGAGUAAAGUGCAGAGUAAACAUAAGUACCUUGAAUCGUACCGUAAGCAGGUGGGCCACCACAUCGGUGCUCGCUGCGUCCAGGACGACCCUCUGAUCAUGCUGGCUCUGAACUCAGCCAGGAUUGCCAGUGACGCUCUGUACAAGAAGGACUUCAACCAGUCCAAGACCAAGUUCAACCUGCCCGUGGACAUGCUGAAUAUUGAACUGGCCAAGAAAUGCCAGAUCCAGGUCAACGACUUCAACUACAGGACUCACCUGCACAACUGGACCUGCCUGCCAGACUCCACUGAUGUGCGCCAGGCCAGGAAAGCGUACGAUCUGCAGAGCGAUUGUGUGUAUAAGGCUGACAUGGAAUGGCUCCGAGGCUGCGGCUGGAUGCCGGCUGAGUCCGUCCACCACGUCAAAGCCAGGAAUGCUCAGGCGAUUCUCAACGAGAGACACUACAAGCAGGGCGCAAAGGAUGGCUUCGCAAAAUUCACCCACAUCGUGGACCGUCCUGAGCUCAUCUUGGCGAGAGUUAACGCCGCUAACCUCAGUGAUCUGAAGUACAAAGAGACCUUCAACGCAGAAAAGGGUCACUAUAUUGGUUCGGAAGACACUCCGCAACUGGCACACAGCAGGGAAGUGGGCAAGAACGUCAGCGAGAAAACAUACAAACAUCAAUGGGACGAGGCUAAGGCUACUGGCUACAAGCUGGACCAACAAUACAUCCCACUUCUCAGCGGAAAGAAGGGCAGGGAGAUCAUCAGUGACGCCAAGUACCAUGAGCUCCAUGAGAAGGCAAAGGGUCACUACAUGGCCGGGACCCUGGUGGACUUCCCUGAGGUGGUGCGCUGUGUAGGACAGGAGAAGAACAAGGGACUGAGGCUCUACAAUAAGGACUACCACAUCACCAAGACCAAGAACCACAUCCCCCCGGACAUCAUCGCUAACAAGGUGGCUAAGCGCAGCCAGGACAUGCUGAGCGAGGUGCUCUACCGGACCCACCUGCACCAGUGGACCUGCCACCCCGAGCAGGAGGACAUCAUCCGCGCCCGCAAGACCAACGAGAUCCUCAGCGAUGUGUUCUACAAGGAGGACCUGAACUGGAUGAAGGGAAUGGGUUGCUUCGUCUGGGACACCCCGGAGAUCCUUCGUGCCAAGAAGUCCUACGAGCAGCAGAGCGAGCUUAAAUACAGAGCGGAGGCCAAGAAGGAGUUCAACAAUUACUCCAUUGUGACUGACACCCCAGCCUAUGUGACUGCCAUCCUGGGUAACACCUGGGCUAGUGAUCUCAACUACAGGGAGGCCUAUCAUAAGGAGAAGCACCUGUACACCACCGUUCUGGAUACCUACGACUACGCCAAGUGCCGCAACUUCAAGCACUACUUCAGCAGCAAAAACUACACUGCCGCCUGGGACAAAAUCAAAGACAAGAGCUACCAGAUUCCUCACGAUUCUCACGCCCUGCAACACGCCAAAGUGCAGAAAGUUAUCCUCAGCGGCGUGAAGUACAAGGAGGACUACGAGAAGUUCAAGUCCCUCUACAGUCUGCCCAAGUGUCUGGAGGACGAUCCCUCCACCGCUCGCUGCGUCAAAGCCGGAAAGCUGGUGCUUGAUCGUCUGUACAAGGAGGACUAUGAGAAGACCAAGGCUAAGAACCACAUCCCUCCAGACAUGCUGGAGAUCCUGUCCGCCCGCAAAACCCAGUCCUCCGUCAGCGAGAUCAACUACCGCAAGAAACUGCACCAAUGGAUCUGCCUGCCCGACAUGCAGGUGUACACGCAGGCACGCAAAGUCAACGAGCAGCUCAGCGACAUCUUCUACAAGGAUGAUUUGAACUGGCUGAGAGGAAUCGGUUGUUACGCCUGGGAUACUCCCGAGAUCCUCCGCGUCAAGAAUGCUGACAAUCUUCAGAGCGCGAACAAAUACAAAGCCAAGGCUAUCGAGUCUUUCAAGGAGUUUUCGGUGGUGAUGGACACUCCAGUGUACGAGACAUCCAAGCAGAACUCCCAGAACCUGAGCGAUCUGCACUACCGCUACGAUUACCACGCCAACGUCAAGGGAACGAACACCGCUCCGGCUGUUACCAUCGACACUCAGAGGGCCGCCAUGGCUAACUACAUCCAGAGCGAUAACGUGUACAAGGAGGAAAACAAGAAUUCAAUGCCCACCGGAUACACCCUGACCAAAGACACACCGCUCAUCAAACAGGCUAAAAUGAACAGCGUUGUCACCAGCUAUGUGAAGUACAAGGAAGCCUAUGAGAUGACGAAAGCAAAGGCCUACACUCUUCAUCCCGAGGGAGUCAACUUCGUCCUCUCAAGGAAGGCUAACAAGAUCACCAACGAUCGCCUGUAUCGUGAGCUGUACCACAAGCAAAAGGACAAGAUCCACACAACCUACGACACCCCCGACAUCAAACAAGUCAAGAUGAACCAGAAGCACCUCAGCGACUUGUGCUACAGAGAGAAAUACUACAACACCAGAGGUCAGCUGAUCAAUCUGCCCAUCACACCCCAGCUGAUGCACUGUUACCACGUCAACCAGAUCACCAGCGAGCUGAAAUACAAAGAGGAUCUGCAAUGGCUGAGAGGCGUUGGCUGCUUCCUGUACGACACCCCGGAGAUGGUGCACGUCCGCAACAUCACCAAACAGAGGGUGACCUACCCAGUGGAGGCUAAGAAGAACCUGGCCAACUUCUCCGUGGUCCUGGACACACCGGAGUAUAACCGCGUGACGGAGCUGAAGACCCACAUGAGCGGCAUGAUCUACAAAGCCCAGGCUAAGGAGGAAAUGUCGAAGGUCAGGACCACCGGGGACUCUGUGGACAUCAAGAGAGCCAAAUGGGCCCAGCUGCUGACCAACAACUACCAGUACACCAGCUUGGCUUCCAAGGAGAGAACUCACUUCACUUCAGAAUAUGAAACACCAAGCAUGGAUCAUUCUAGGAAAAUGAAGGUGGUCUACAGUGACAACAAAUACAAAGACCAGUAUGAGAAGAUGAAGCACAGAUACACCGCCAUCGCUGACACGCCUCUCCUGAUCCGCGCCAAGAAAGCAUACCUGCAGUCCAGCGAUCUGCGUUACAAAGAGACCUUCGAGCUCGCCAAGGGCCACUACCAAACCGUGAAGGACGCUCUGGACAUCACCUACCAUCGCAGAGUCACUGACGACAUCAGCGAGGUUAAAUACAGGCAGAAGUACAUCAACUCUCUGGGAACCUGGAAGUCUAUCCCCGACCGCCCUGAGUUCUUCUACAGCAAGAUGGCCAACGAUAACAUCAGCAGCGUGAAGUACAAGGAGGACCUGGAGUGGCUGAGGGGCGUCGGCUGCUACGUUUGGGACACACCUGAGCUGGUGACCGCCGAGAAGAACAAGACGCUGUACAGUGGGAAACUGUACAGAGCGUCCUUUGAGAAGAACAGAGGAAACUUUAAGUACACCUGCGACACGCCGUUCUUCCAGGCCGCCAAGUAUGCUUCCACCCUCAUCGACGACAGGUCCUACAGAGCUUCUUAUGAGAAAACCAAGGAUAAGUUCACCAUUACUACAGAGGAUCCUAGAUACAAGCUGGCCAGAGCAAACAACGAGAUGAGCCAGUGGAAGUACAGGGAGCAGUAUGAGCGUGCAAAGGACAAGUUCACCUCAGUCCUGGAGACUCCAGAGUACGAGGCGCACAAACGCAGCAAGAAGAUCCAUGACAUCAUCUACAAAAUGGAGUACAACAAGACCAAGGCUAAGGGAUACACCUUGCCUUACGACACCCCUCACGGGCAGCACAUGAAGAGAGUGAAGGACAUCACCAGCAACCUGAAGUACAGAGAAGUGUAUGAGAAGAGCAAGGCCCAGAUCAACAUGGCACCGGACGCUCAUUCGAUCCGUGCUGCCAAGGAGGCCUACAAGAACACCAGCAAUCUUGACUACAAGAAGAAGUAUGAAGCCACCAAGAACAAGUGGAUCUGGACGACAGACAGACCCGACUUCCUCAAUAAUGCCAAGAACACCCUGCAACAGAGUGAUGUUGAGUACAAGUAUGACAAAGAGUCGAUGAAGGGCUGUGUGAUCCCCGUGGUGGAUGAUAAGUUGACCCUCCUGGCGAUGAAAAACAACGAAAUGUACAGUGAAUUGAAGUACAGAGAGAAGUAUGAGAAGUCAAAGGGCCACUACCAGCCCGUCAGCGACACUCCUCAAAUCCUCCAUGCCAAGGCUGUGCGCAGUUUGGCAUCAGAGAGCAAAUACAAGGAGGCCAGUAGGAAGGAGAUGCAGUCCGGCUCGUUCACCACGCUGUCUGAGACCCGUGACACCGUCCACAGCAAGGAGAUCAACAAGCUUAUCAGCGGGAAACUGUACAAAGCAAAGUUUGAGAAGGAUAAGGGCAAGUCUGUUUACAACAACAUGGUCGUUCCACCUGAAGUUCAGCACGCCAUGGGAGUCGCCAAGAGCCAGAGCAACAUUCAAUACAAGAAGGAGGCCAAAGCCAACCUGCACUACACGAGUGUGGCCGACCGUCCCGACAUCAGGAAGGCGACCCAGGCUGCCAAGCUGAUCAGUGAAGUUGGUUACCGUGAUAAGGCCCGUGAGGCGGCCAGCCGUGGAGGAUCUCUGGCGCACCGCCCAGACAUCGCUCUGGCCACUGAGGUGUCCAAGCUGACCAGCCAGGUGAAAUACAAGGAGAAGUUUGACAAGGAGAUGAAGGGAAGGAAACCGCAGUAUGACCUGCAGAACAGUAAGAUUUACCAGACGCUGAAGGAUGCCACCGUGCUGGCUAGUGAGGUGAAGUACAAGACAGACUUGAAGAAGCUCCACAAGCCUGUGACCGACAUGGCGGAGUCUCUGUCGAUGCAGCACAACCUGAGCACCAGCAAACUGUCCAGCACCUACUGCUACAAGAAGAAAUUUGAGGAGAGUAAGGGUCACUACCAUAUGAUUGCUGACACACCAGAAUCGCUUCAUCACAAGGAGGCCACUGAGCUCCAGAGCAACGUGAAAUACAAGGAGAAGUAUGAGAAGGAGAAGGGAAAGGCCAUGCUGGACUUUGAGACGCCGACAUAUGUGACGAAUAAGGAAGCUCAGCACAUGCAGAGCCAGAAAGACUAUAAGAAGGACUAUGAGGAGAACAUGAGGGGCAGAAACCUCUCAUCGCUCGAGGUGACUCCUGCCAUGACACAUGUCAGGCACGCCACCCAAAUAAUGAGCGAGAAAGAGUACAGGAGGGAUCUAGAAGAGGGAGUGAAGGGUAAAGGGCUAACUUUACUGGAGGAAACUCCGGAGCUUUUGAGAGCAAGGAAUGCCACUCAUAUCCUAAGUGAGAGAGAGUACAAGAAGUCGCUGGAAACUGAUAUUAAGGGCAGGGGGAUGAUGGCUUUGGCGACAGACACUCCUGACUUCAUGAGGGCGAGGAACGCUACUGACAUCCUCAGUCAGACUAAGUACAAGCACACCGCUGAGAUGGACAGAGCGAGCUUCACGAGUGUCAUCGACACCCCGGAGAUCAUCCAUGCUCAGCAGAUGAAGAACAUCAUCAGCCAGAAAAAGUACAAAGAGGAGGCUUCGAAGACCAUGUCUCAAUAUGUGCCGGUGUUCGACACUCCAGAGAUGCAGAGAGUCCGUGAGAACCAGAAGAACUUCAGCACUCAUCAGUACCAGAUUGACCAUAAAAACAUAAUGGGCAAAGUGUCUACUAUAAAGGACACUCCUGAAAUGCUCCGUGCUAAAGAGAAUACAAAGAAUUACAGCUUGAUUCAGUACAAAGAGGAUUUGGGAGGAGGAACAUCCUUAUCCGAGACCCCCGAGAUGGAGAGGGUUAAACGCAACCAGCGCAACAUUAGCACGAUUCAGUACAAGGACACUUUGGGUCAAGGCACGUCCAUUCCUGAUCUGCCCGAGGUGAAGAGGGUCCGAGAAACCCAGAAGAAUAUCAGCUUGAUUCAAUACAAAACAGGAGUGGAACAAGGCACGUCAGUAUCAGAGACCCCCGAGAUGGAGAGAGUUAAACGCAAUCAGCACAACAUUAGCACGAUUCAGUACAAAACAGGAGUGGAACAAGGCACGUCAGUAUCAGAGACCCCCGAGAUGGCGAGAGUUAAACGCAAUCAGCACAACAUUAGCACGAUUCAGUACAAGGACUCUUUGGGUCAAGGCACGUCCAUACCUGAUCUGCCAGAAGUGAAGAGGGUCCGAGAAACCCAGAAGAAUAUCAGCUUGAUUCAAUACAAAACAGGAGUGGAACAAGGCACGUCAGUAUCAGAGACCCCCGAGAUGGAGAGGGUUAAACGCAAUCAGCACAACAUUAGCACGAUUAAAUACAAGGACUCUCUGGGUCAAGGCACGGCGAUAUCGGACCUCCCCGAGGUGAAGAGGGUCCGAGAAACCCAGAGGAACAUCAGCUCGGUGUUGUAUAAAGACAGUUCAGCCAAGGGAACCCCUGUGGUGUGUACCCCAGAGAUGGAGCGAGUCAAAAGGAACCAAGAGAACAUUAGCUCGGUUCUGUACUCUGACAGUUUCCGUAAGCAGGUCCAGGGCAAGGCCGCCUUCGUUCUGGACACACCUGAGAUGAGGCGUGCCAAGGAGAGCCAGCGCAUGAUUUCAGGAGUGAGAUACCACGAGGACUUUGAGAAGAGUAAGGGCAGCUUCACUCCCACCAGCACCGACCUAACGACUGAGCGUGUGAAGAAGAACACGCAGGAGUUCAGCGACAUCAACUACCGCGGCAUCACCCGGAAAGUGGUGGAGAUGGAGAGGAGGAGGGCCAUCGAGCACGACCAGGAGACCACCACCGAUCUGCGUGUCUGGCGCACAAACCCCGGCUCUGUGUUCGACUACGACCCGGCCGAGGACAACAUCCAGUCCAGGAGUCUGCACAUGAUGUCAGUGCAAGCUCAGCGCCGCAGUAAGGAGCACUCCCGCUCCACCAGCGCUCUGAGCGGCCAAGCUGACGAGAAGUCUGAAGUUUCCCAGGACCCUGAACACCACUUGUCCCUCUACAGCAACGGCUUCAUGGCCUCCUCCACGGGUUACCAGCAUGCUAAGACAGUGGAGCUCCAGCAGAGGUCUUCCUCAGUCGCCACCCAGCAGACCACCGUCUCCUCCGUCCCCUCUCACCCCUCCACCACCGGGAAAACCGUGCGUGCCAUUUACGACUACGCGGCGGCCGACAACGACGAGGUUUCCUUCAAGGACAGCGACGUGAUCGUGAACGUGCAGGCCAUCGACGAGGGCUGGAUGUACGGCACCGUGCAGCGCACCGGCAAGACCGGCAUGCUGCCCGCCAACUACGUGGAAGCUAUCUAAAGACAGAGCCCGCCCAUCGACCCUCCAGAGAAACACAUCCACAGGGCGACUUCCUGUCAACACACCUGUGGCUUUAGUGCAAUGUGUAGCCUGUAGUUAGUUUAGAUCUGUGUAAUUUAACUGUCUGUUAUCUUUCAAAUGCUGCUGCCCCCCCUCGUUACCUGUGGAUGUGACACAAGACACAUUUAAACAUGUCUGAUUAUGCAUACCUAUACUAUUUUAGAUUGUUACAAUUGAGACGCCUCGGGAAAAUCACUCACUUUGUAUAUUUCAAUAAUAUUUAAUAUAUAUAAACCUCUCUUUGUUCAGGAUGUAUUACCCAAGCAACGGGUUCAAAUUAUGCCUGUAACAGAAAUUAAAUGGAGAUAAACAGAAAUGACGAAACUCAUAAGGAGUCAGUCACUCCUCCAUGAUGAAACCGCUCCUGAAGAGUGUGUACGAGAGCCUCAGUCUUCCCUCCUUUACACUGAAGGCUGGCCACUAGUGUGUGUGUGUGUGUUUUGUGUCUUCAGAUUAUACAGGUCAUACAUACAGUAACCCUUUAAUCAGUAGCUAAUAAAGCACACCAAGCUCCUGCAGCA